AUGCGUUUGGUUUCUUCUCCAACGCUACUUCUGCGGAUUUUUCUGUUGUUAUAUUAUUAUUAUUAUAAUGAUUCAUCAUAACGUAGCUCGCUCCCUUGAUCCAAUUCUCUCUCCCCCUUGUUUUCAACGAUACCUCUCUUAUUACUGCAUUUUUAUCCGAAUAUCCAAUUUUCUCUCUCUACACCUUACACACCUAUAUUCCUCUCUCUAGAUCUUCUCAGCUUUCACUCAUGCCGUGUUGCUGUUUCGUAUAAGAUGGAUGAAAUUUGAAGUUCAUGAUAGUUUCAUGAUCAUAUGUGGAUAAUUUUUUGAUAUCCGUUGCUGGAGUUUUGUAGCAAGGACGUAUUGGAUUACGGUGGCCAUAUUUAGAUGAUAACCACUGCUUGCAGCUAGUAGAGGCUGCAUAUAAGCAUGUUGAUAUCAUUUUGGUUGAUAUUUAAUCAUUCUUACAAUGAAAAGCCAGCACUUUACUACAUUUUGUAUUAUUUGGUGGACAUAAGCAAAGAUGUGUACAUACAGUUACUUGAAGAACACUGUUUAAACAGUGUUGAAACCUCUUUAAAGAGGUUAGAACUACAUUGAACUAAAUUAGGUUGCCGGUUAUUGCAAAUCAAAGAAUGGAAAGAUAUAAAAUUUUGGAUGAGCUUGGUGAUGGAACUUGCGGUAGUGUAUAUAAAGCCGUAAAUGUCGAAACAUCUGAGAUUGUUGCAGUCAAGAAAAUGAAGAGAAAGUUUUAUUACUGGGAGGAAUGUGUGAACCUAAGAGAAGUAAAGUCCCUCCGCAGAUUAAAUCAUCCCAAUAUCAUCAAGUUGUUGGAGAUUGUUAGGCAAAAUAAUGAGCUUUUCUUCAUAUUUGAGUACAUGGAACAUAACUUAUACCAAAUAAUGAAAGAUCGGAAACAAUCUUUUUCUGAGGAAGAGAUUCGAGCCUUGAUGUCUCAAGUGCUGCAAGGGCUCGCUCAUGUGCAUAAACAUGGAUAUUUUCAUCGGGAUCUAAAACCUGAAAAUUUGCUGGUGACAAAUAACAUUAUAAAGAUUGGUGACUUUGGACUGGCUAGAGAAUUGUCCUCAACGCCUCCUUUUACUGAUUAUGUUUCAACACGCUGGUAUCGAGCUCCGGAGGUAUUACUGCAAUCUUCAUCCUAUACCCCCGCCAUUGAUAUGUGGGCUCUUGGUGCAAUACUGGCUGAGCUUUUCACUUUCUGCCCGAUUUUUCCCGGUGAAAGUGAGAUUGAUCAAUUAUACAAGAUAUGCUGUGUACUUGGGGCACCCGACUGGAAUACUUUUCCUGAAGCUACAAACAUUUCUCGGUUACUUAAUAUCACUUGUUCAGAUAUCAUGCCUGCCGAUCUUUCUGAUAUUAUUCCAAAUGCGAGCAUGGAAGCAAUUGACUUGAUCAAGCAACUUUGUUCCUGGGAUCCAUUAAAGAGACCAACUGCAGAACAAUGCUUGCAGCAUCCGUUUUUCCACGUCGCCACGUGGGUUCCUCGUUCACCUGGAGAUGCACUUCAACUAACUCUGGGAUCUGAACCUAAUCUUGAACUGAACCUGUGGGACUUUGGCACUUCAACGGAUGAUUGUUUUCUUGGCUUGACUCUGGCAGUAAACCCCAGUGCUCCAAACUUGGGUAGAGGUUGUAUUAUUGACAUGGCCCACAAAAAUCAAGGUGCCAAAGAGGAUCUGAUGAUCUGCCCUGGUCUUAUAGAUCAUUCAUCACAAUCAGUUUUCUGGUCACUGUUUCCCUCUAAUCACCAUGUCAUAACUACGUCUGUAGAGCCUUCCCUAUCCCUGUCUUUCAGUUCUGCUCCAAAUCCAUCAAUUGGAGGUCCACAGGCAGCAGGGUUCGCCAUGGCUACUUUCCAAUCCAACAUUUUAGAACGUCCCUUACUGGCGACUUCUGCACCCUUCACUCAGGGUCAUUACCUCUGAGAUAUCCAUCUUCUUAUGGAGUAUGAUCAUAUGAUUAAGUUUCUUUAUCGACAUUCAGUUGUAGUUAUACCCUUUUGUUGUCCAUAAGUGAUUUAAUUGUAAAUGAUUACUGUCUUUUCUCUUUUCACUGAUAUUUAUUCUGGGAAGUAGCGCCUCCGCCCCCAAAUCCCUUUAUACUAGGGAGAUAGUCGGAGAAGAUAGUGUUCUGAAGUGGCUGGACUCAACUCCAUAGCUGCUUGCAGGACAUUGUUUGAUGCCUUUGCUCUAGUUUUUGAAUAAGAAGAAGCGUGAUCUUUGUGAACUUCUGUAUGAUUUCCGUCUUUAUGGAUGUUGUAUUUAUCUAAGUGAAUGUUUGAUUUCAGGCU